UCCAUAACUACUAGCAAAGUUAUAGCACCUUGUAUUCUAUUAAACGCAACCACGCACCACGAAAUUAAACCUUAGCUACGACCAUGGCCACAAGUUGCUCCUACAUGGUUUCCACCAAAUUACCCAUGGUGGGUUGGAGCGGAGGAAGAACAAGGCAAGUCAGAAACCGGAGACCAUUUUUGAUUUCAGCCCAACAACAAAGCGAUGUUGAGGAAGCAGAGAAAGCCAAGGUGGAAGAAGAGCAACAGCAAGAGCAGGGACAAGUUGAGACUCAGAAACCGAAGCCGAAAGGAACCAAACCAAGGCCAGUGGAACCUCAGGUGAAUGUGAGGAGCAAAAACAUGUUAAGGGAAUAUGGAGGCCAGUGGUUGAGCUGCGCCACUCGCCAUGUCAGGAUCUUUGCAGCCUAUAUCGACCCAGUUACCUGCGAGUUUGAUCAAACCCAGAUGGAUAAGCUCACCCUUAUUCUUGAUCCUACUGAUGAGUUUGUGUGGAAUCCUGACACCUGCAACAUGGUUUAUUCUUACUUCCAGGAGCUUGUCGAUCACUACGAGGGUGCUCCAUUGACAGAAUACACGCUUCGCCUGAUUGGUUCGGACAUAGAGCACUAUAUAAGAAGGAUGUUGUACGAUGGGGUGAUCAAGUAUAACAUGAACGCAAGGGUUCUGAAUUUCAGCAUGGGCAAGCCUCGGAUCAUGUUCAACAAUGAAAUCCAACCUGAAGAUGCAAUUGAGAAAUGAUUUGUAAUAUACACCAAGAAAAGUGAGCAUUCAUUGGUGGUUUGCAUAUUAUUUUGUUUGUAAAUUAUGAAAGUCUCUAGUGCAACAUUAAACAUUUUUUGGAGUUGAGAAAAAGUAAUGCAAACCUAAAUAUAGUUACAGACACAUACAGUAUUCUUAAUUACAGUCCAUAAUAUAGCCUCUGUUCUAUAUUAAAAAUAAAGUGUCCUGUUAGGCUGCUUCCAAGCUUUAAGUCACAUAAUUGUUGUAUAGAAUUUCUUUGUUGAAGACC